GUCGUCCAGUAGGCCGCCGCCGGUGGGGAAGCCGCUGGUGCGACGUCGUGUGAAGGCGGCGUUAGCUAAUGGAGCUCAACGGCGGCGGAAAGAAAAAGAACAAUGUUGAACCUACAAGGCGGACGGAAUUAAACAUUGCUAAAGCGUCUGCAUCGUCACUUCGCCAGCUACCUCUCGGCGAAGAGUCGAUGCAGCAAAUUAGUUCCAGGGCGGGCAACAACAUGGACUCUGAAUCUUAUCCCGAACGUCCUGGAGAGCCAGAUUGCCCUUAUUACCUCAACAGUGGCUAUUGUAAAUUGGGAAUGUAUUGCGGAUUUAAUCAUCCUCCCAGGGAGCACUAUCUGGAGACUGGAAAAUGCAAUUUUGGACCUGCAUGGAAAUUUCAUCGCCCUAGUUAUAAUCCCGGAAUCAGAAAAUUAAAUUCCCUAGGCUAUCCUCUUCGUUUGAAUGUGAUUGAUUGCAAAUUUUAUUUAACAAAUGGAUGGUGCAAGUUCAACAAAACCUGUACAUUUAACCAUCCUGAGCCAUCUAAUUCAAUGCCCUGGUGGCUUUCACGGACAACGCCAAGCCAAACAUUAUGUCCUGGGGAACUGACUUCUUUCAAUGCGAGCCCUCAUUGGCAAGUUCCUUCAAGCUAUGCGCAAGUAAUUCUUCCUCAAGGAUUGGCUCAAGUUCCAAGCUGGAAUACAUUUCCUUAUUAUCUUAACCAGCAACAGAAUUCUGGGAAUGUCCAAUUUGUUGGAAGUGGAACAGCCAUGAAUCCUCCGGCUUCAUAUUCUUCUUUUCCUCUGAGACCUGGUGAACCUGAUUGCCCAUUCUUUGCAAAAACAGGGGAUUGUAAAUUUGGUUUAGCCUGCAGGUUUAAUCAUCCAAUAGCAAAUAUAACUUCUACGUCAGACUGUGAGUUAAGCCCCGAGGGUCUUCCCCUACGCCCGGUAAGCUAUACUGCUCACUUCCUUUUUGCAUAUCUUGAGAAGUUCAUACAGUUAGCUCUUUCCAGAAGGGAAUAUAAUCAACUCUUUUUGCAGGGUCGACCUCUGUGUGUUUUUUAUGGCCGUUAUGGUUACUGCGGAUAUGGCUUGACUUGCAAAUUUGAUCAUCCAAUAGCUGCUCCAAAGGGCAUCACGGAGAGUCUUUCAACAUCAUCAUAUAAUGUUCCUGUUGUUCGACAACCAUUAGAGUCAUCAUCUGGGCCUGCCACGUUAACAUUGUCAGUUGAAAGCUAUUCUGUAGCCAGCCCUGGAAAAUUAAAACGACUCCCCUCAUCCAAACGACAGAAAAUGAAUUCUGACGAUGAGAAGCUUCUGAUUUCUUAUUUGAAGUAUCAUCUUAACCAGCAACAGAAUUCUGGGAAUGUCCAAUUUGUUGGAAGUGGAACAGCCAUGGGUCCUCCUGCUUCAUAUUCUUCUUUUCCUGUGAGACCUGGUGAACCUGAUUGCCCAUUCUUUGCCAAAACAGGGGGUUGUAAAUUUGGUUCUCGCUGCAGGUUUAAUCAUCCUCGCAUAGGAAAGAUAACUCUUACUUCAGAGUGUGAGUUGAGCCCCAUUGGCCUUCCGCUACGCCCAGUAAGCUAUCCUGCUCACUUCGUAUAAUAAAGGACCUUGCAUAUGAUCUUUUUUAGGUUUCGUUUGUGACG